AUUUGCCUAACCAAACACAAAAAUUACUACUUUUUCCAAGAAAUACAGUUACAAAAUUUACAAACAGAAGAAAAAACUCUAAAAGUAGAAACUUUCCUCCUUUGAAAACACCACACGCCUUUCCACCAAUUCUAACCACAAGAGCUCCUAAAACCCCCAAUUCAUAUACAUUCCAAAUUUAGGGUUAGGGUUUUUGGGAGCUCAAAUUAUGGCAAUUCCAACCGCAUUUUCAGGUGCCAAGCUUGAAUCUUUAUCAUCAUCCGUAACAGCGAGUUCUGCAGCGUGUGUUGGGUUGUUUUGCAAUCCGGGUCGGGUCAGGAGAUUGGGAAUUCAAAAGGGUUUGUUGAAUUCUUCAGGGAUCAGAUGUGAAGUUGCAGCAUCAUCUGAUGAUCAAAGUUCUGGGAACAAUGUGACUCCAAGUUCCAGUCUUUCUGCUCUUGAACAACUCAAGACAUCAGCUGCUGACAGAUAUACUAAGGAAAGGAGCAGUAUUGUUGUCAUUGGGCUCAGUAUCCACACCACACCUGUUGAAGUACGUGAAAAAUUGGCAAUUCCUGAAGCAGAUUGGCCGAGACGCAUUGGGGAGCUUUGCAAUUUGAAUCAUAUUGAAGAAGCUGCAAUUCUUAGUACCUGUAAUAGGAUGGAGAUUUAUGUCGUAGCUCUUUCUCAACAUCGUGGUGUUAAAGAAGUUACCGAAUGGAUGUCAAAGAAAAGUGGAGUCCCUGUUACAGAGAUUUGCAAGCACCGCUUUCUACUGUAUAAUAAUGAUGCCACGCAGCACCUCUUUGAAGUAUCAGCUGGGCUAGAUUCCUUGGUCUUAGGAGAAGGUCAAAUCCUUGCUCAAGUCAAGCAAGUAGUCAAGGUCGGCCAAGGAGUUACAGGCUUUGGAAGAAACAUUAGUGGACUAUUCAAGCAUGCAAUCACAGUCGGAAAGAGGGUUAGAACUGAAACAAACAUUGCAGCAGGGGCAGUUUCUGUUAGUUCAGCUGCUGUGGAGUUGGCUCUGAUGAAGCUUCCGGAACCCUCCCAAGCUACUGCUAGGAUGCUAGUUAUUGGAGCAGGCAAGAUGGGGAAGCUUGUGAUUAAGCACUUGGUAGCCAAGGGAUGCACAAAGAUGGUUGUUGUAAACAGAAGCGAGGAUAGAGUUUCUGCCAUUCGUGAAGAGAUGAAAGAUGUCGAGAUAAUCUACAAGCCCCUCAGUGAAAUGCUUAACUGUGCUGCUGAAGCUGAUGUUAUUUUCACAAGCACCGCCUCAGAAACCCCAUUGUUUAUGAAAGAGCAUGUGGUGGAUCUUCCACCUGUUGGUCCAGGUGUUGGGGGUUCAAGGCUUUUCGUUGACAUCUCAGUUCCUAGGAAUGUUGGUGCUUGUGUAGAUGAGCUAGAGAAUGCGAGAGUGUACAAUGUAGAUGAUCUAAAAGAGGUUGUGGCAGCUAAUAAGGAGGACCGUCUUCGAAAAGCAAUGGAAGCUCAAGCUAUUAUUUCUGAAGAAUCCAAACAAUUUGAAGCUUGGAGGGAUUCGCUGGAGACUGUUCCAACCAUCAAGAAACUGAGGGCUUAUGCGGAAAGAAUAAGGCUUGCUGGCCUGGAGAACUGCAUGUCAAAAAUGGGCGAUGAUAUCUCAAAGAAGACAAAGAAGGCUGUUGAUGAUCUUAGUCGUGGUAUAGUUAACAAGCUCCUUCAUGGUCCCAUGCAGCACCUAAGAUGUGAUGGGAGUGACAGCCGCACAUUGAGUGAGACCCUUGAGAAUAUGCAUGCUUUAAAUAGGAUGUUCAGCCUUGAGACAGAUAUAUCUGUAUUGGAACAGAAAAUCCGAGCUAAAGUGGAGCAAACUCAAAAAUGAGGUGCAUGUCUGAAACUUUUUUCCUUGAAAAUUCUCUCAGAGCCUCAACUGAAUAAGAGGAAGAAUUCCUCAAUUGUAUUUUCGUUGGCGGUACUGUAAAUUCUCAUUGAAAUGCAGGACAUGAUCCCUUAUCGAGAUCUUUCCUGUUGAUUUAAUUUAGAAAAAUACAUGUGCAAACACUGUGAUUGCGGAUUCCUUUCGUAUCUUAAGAGUACAUUUUGUAUGUAGCUGUUCUAUUUAGACAUUAUUACUUGAAGUUUGAUCCUUGCAAUGAAUUUUUCAUGGGAGAGAUCUAUAUACUGCUUCCACAAACAGUUCUAGCCUUGUAACAUAUUCACCGAUUCAUUUACUAUUAUGAUUAUUAUGUUGAUGUAUUAAUUUCA